AUGAUCCUUAACUGUUUGAAAACAGGAAAACAGCACCCAAUCCAUCAACACACCAGGACCACAACAGCCACCCAGCCUCAGAGAAGGAACACUUCAAAAUGUGUCAAACUCAACGCCAACCAACCCUCAUCAUUCCUUCCCGCAUUCCUCUUUGAGUUCAAAGCCAACCCACCAUCUCCCUUCCUCACCAUGCUCCUCCUCAAGCCCAACGUCAACCCACCCUCAUCAUUCCUUCCCGCAUUCCUCUUCGAGCUCAAUGCCAACCCACCAUCUCCAUUCCUCACCAUGCUCCUCCUCAAGCCCAACGCCAACCCACCCUCACUGUUCCUUCCCGCAUUCCUCUUCAAGCUCAACACCAAACCACCAUCUCCAUUCCUCACCAUGCUCCUCCUCAAGCCCAACGCCAACCCACCCUCACUAUUCCUUCCCGCAUUCCUCUUCAAGCUCAACGCCAAACCACCAUCUCCAUUCCUCACCAUGCUCCUCCUCAAGCCCAACACCAACCCACCCUCACUAUUCCUUGCCGAACUCCUCUUAAAGCUCAACGCCAACCAACAAUCAUCAUUCCUCAACGCGCUCCUCCUAAGGCCCAACGCCAACCAACAAUCAUCAUUCCUAGCCGCACUCCUCUCAAAGCUCAACGCCAACCCAUAA